AUGGGCGCUUAUGUUUAUUUCAUUUGCACUAUGUACAAACGCAUUGAAACAACACUAAUUAUUGUCUAUUUAAUUCGAAUGUUUUCUACCGAAAGCUUAUUUAAAAAUGGACGACCGGAAGGCUAUCGUAUAGAACGAGUGGGAAUGCAUGGAAAUAGAGUUAACUUCACAUGGUAUGGGAAUUUAACUAUACACAGUUGGAAUCAUGCAGCUGAUAUGUGCUCUGGUUUGAACAGUCUUCUUCCGAGAGUUAAUGAUAUGCGUUAUUUCUACAAAACACUACAAUCCGAUGGCAGUAUAUCAGAACUUCAUUCUGGUUAUGGAAGUUCAACUAACAGCGUUGUUUUUUACCUCGGAGAUAUUUUAGAGGCUACAAUGGAUUAUCCUAAUAUAGAAAGCGGUGAAAGAAUGUGUUUAGUUGUGGAGAAAGUUCCAGGAUCUCAAUUACAUUUAGCUGAACCAUCAGCUAUAAAAAGUUGUCUAACUCCUGCUAACUUACUAGUUUGUAAGUCUGAGAUUGACGGCAGUGAUUCAUCAGCCAACUACGAUUUUGAUUCUUAUUCACGUCUAUGCAAUUUAGCCAGUGAUAAAUGGUAUGGUACCUUACCAAAAUGGAUUCGUGAUCUCAAGCAAAGAGCCGAAUUCAAACAAGAUCAUAUUUGCAUCAGAAACAUCGUUUUCUAUAUUGCACUGGUAUGUUCAGGAGUGGUUUUCAUAAUUCUCAGUACAAGUACAAUAAUUCUGGCUGUUCGUUGCAGACGUCUGACUCAUAAGAUCAAGCGAAGACAAGAAGGAAUAAAUGUUUGGUCACAAGGUGGUUCUGAAGUAUCUUCACAGUGUCAUAUAGGUGAAACAGACGGUAAACUGGAUAUUCUAGCAGAUUCAACAUUCAAUCGUGCACCUGGUAGUGGUUUCAAUAAAGAAAGUUAUAAAGAAGCUCUUGUGAAUAGUGGUUAUCAAAGAAUUUCAAAUGGACGAAUAAAAAGAGUUCGAGCUUCGGGGAAAAAGCCGAUAUAUUAA